AUGGCAACAGCGGCUAUGGGCCUAUUCAGUGGUAGCGCCAAUAUUGAGAUUGGAGGUCCUACAGACAACCAACUUGUAGACCAUGUAUAUUCCUAUGAACCUCGAGGAUGUUACGGACAAAAAAACAAUACUAUUUGGGCUCAAUCAGCAUUCAUAAAAACAGGCAUCGCCAUUGGACCAGCUGUGUGGAGAGGAGAUACAACAAACUACAACCGCAACGGAGAUGGAAAUAUUGUAAUCUACGGUGAUCAAGGUGCUCUGUGGGCAACAGCCACAAAUCCUUCGGGCACAAAGUUCUCUCCUUAUUUGCAAGUCUAUAAUUCUAUUGGCGCUGUUAUUUAG